AUGCUUCCCUCAUCGCCCUCAUUUCUGUCUUCAUUUGACCCUGCCCUUCAUCUUCACUCAGAAGGUAUUGAAAGCACAAACGAUCCCCAAUCCGAGUCAUUUUCAGACGAUCUUGAGGCAAUUGAUCUACACCGUUUGGAACAAACCCGCAAUCGAGUGGUCAUUCAGCAUCGCGCGUGGGACAUAUCAGAUGUAUUUAGAAGCGAAGACGAUAUAAGACCAGAUACGCCAACCAGAGUUUCCGUCAAGACCCCCAGACCAGGUUCUCAUAUCAAGGUCCAGAAUAGUUUACAUCUACCUUCCUCUCCGCCAACCCCAAAAAUGCCGUUUCUUUCGUCUCAGAACGCGCAUGCGUCUGCCUCGGGUGAUGUGAUCAACGAUGCGCAGAAGAGAAAAGCCACCGAGGGCGGCUCACAAUCGACAGAGCCGAAGCGACAGCGUAUGGUCGGAGGUUUCAUUGACGAGGAUGAUGAUGAUAACGAGGAAGAGGAUGGACUUGCUGCACUCAGAGAUGAGGAGCUAUAUAAUCAAUACGACCUGCCAGAGCACUACUCCCAGCAACCUUCCGCGGAGCUUUCCAAAAUCAUGACCACGCCCAAACCAAAUACCGAAAUCAAUCCUAUAAUCGACCCUGCAACGGUCACUCCAAGGCCGAUAACAGGGUUGACGUCUCGACCGGCCCCCAAAGCCCCCAGACUAUUCCAAAUCAAGACCUGCUCUGGAAAGACUCACACCAUCUCAACGAGAAAGGCCCAGGCCCCUGUUUCCUACGAGCAAAUUAUUGCUAGUCGGUCCGAGUCGGAACCUGGCAAAGCGAAGAAAAGCUAUUAUGGUAUUGAAAUACACAGCUUGCUGGAUGAUGCAGCUAAAGAGGCGAAAUCCUCGAAGCCAGCGUCUGCGCCAAAGAUCCAAAAAACCAUCGAAACAGACACCGGAAACGCCAAACAGAAAAAGAAAGACUCUUCAAUGUGGACGGAAAAAUACCGAGCCCGCAAGUUUACGGAUCUGAUUGGCGAUGAACGUACACAUCGAUCAGUGCUGCGCUGGCUGAAGGGUUGGGAGCCAAUCGUGUUUCCAGGCCUGGCCAAGUCUAGACCUAAGAAAUCCAACCAAGACGACGAAGAGGAUGCCAUUCACCGGAAGGUCCUUCUACUUAGUGGACCCCCGGGACUUGGAAAAACGACACUAGCGCAUGUAUGUGCUAGACAGGCCGGUUAUGAAGUUCUUGAGAUCAACGCAAGUGAUGAUCGCAGCAGAGAUGUGGUGAAAGGCCGAAUCCGUGAUGCCCUAGGGACAGAAAACAUCAAGGGCAUGAACGUGGAGAUUGGCGAGCAAAAAGUCCGCCGCGCUGGUAAACCUGUCUGUGUUGUGGUAGAUGAGGUUGAUGGCGUGACUGGUGGCUCGGGAAGCGGUGGUGAGGGUGGCUUCAUGAAGGCGCUGAUUGAUCUUGUCUUGCUGGACCAAAGGAACUCGAAACUGGCAUCUGAGGGCAAUUCCGGGAAGAAACGCAAGGGUGACACCUUCCGCUUCAUGCGUCCUUUGAUUCUGGUUUGCAAUGACCUUUAUCACAGCAGCCUCCGGCCUCUAAGAGCAUCAUCUAUUGCUGAGAUGAUUAGUGUCCGUCAAGCGCCACUGGAGAAUGUUGUCCAGCGAGUCAAAUUCAUUUUCGGCCGCGAAGGUAUUCCAUGCGACAGUGAUGGGGCUCGAAGGCUCUGUGAAGCAGCGUGGGGCAUGGUUAGCAAGAAACAGCGUAAUGCUAAGACCACGGGAUCCGCCGAGGGUGAUAUUCGAAGCGUCCUUGUUGCCGCAGAAUUCGUGGCACACAAGCUUCGAAACGAGUCAUUGCCAUCCUCGCUUAAGUUGACGAGAAACUGGCUGGAGCAAAGGGUCCUCAAUGCCUCGGCCGGGGGUAGUGCAUUCUUCAAGGAAUUAAGUCGCGGCGGCGUCCGUGAGAUCGUCAACCGUGUGUUCACAGAAGGCGCUGGCUUCUCAGAUGCCCCAACCAACAUGAGCUUCCAGGAUAAAUUCGACAACUCCACCAGCCGUGUCCCUGUUGGCGUGGCAGACCUGCGCAAGCGACAUGCGAUCAAUCGAUUGCGUGAAAUGGUUGACUCCAGUGGCGAUCAUGACCGUUGUGUAUCAGACUGCUUUGCGUCAUACCCUAUUCAGCAAUACCAGGAUGACAACUACUUCUCCAAGCCAAAUGCCGCCCACGACUGGCUUCAUUUCCACGACUUAAUGAGCUCAAAAGUAUACUCUUCACAAGAGUGGGAGUUGAUCCCCUACAUGAGCCAGGCUGUUGUUGGAUUCCACCACCUUUUUGCCACAGCCAGUGGCAGGACCACUGAGGAUGACAAGAACGAUGACGACGAAAAUGCGGAAGAACCUCACCCAUUUUCGGGCCCAAAGGCCGACUUCGCCGCCUUCGAAGCCCAAAAGCAGAACCGUGCUGCCUUGACUGCCUUCCACGCGAGCUUCUCUGCGCCCAUGGCUCGCAUGUUCCGCUCGAGUGAGAGCGUGAUCAUCGACCUGGUCCCUCACUUAGUUCGCAUGCUAUCACCAGAUGUCAAGCCAGUCAUCAUUCGUGGAAACGGGGACUCAAGGAGCACAGCAAGUGUCCGGAAGGAAUCCGAACGUGCACUGGUCCAAUCCGCCGUACGCGUGAUGAGUGGAAUGGGCGUGACGUUCGAAAAGGUCCGCGUAGAACACGAAGGGAGUCAUGGUGGAUGGGCGUACCGAAUGGAGCCGCCAAUUGAUUCACUCAUUGUUUUCUCAAAGACCAAAGGAAGUAUGACCGAGUCAGGCAGUACAGCACCAGUCCGCUACGCUGUACGCCAGGUUCUGGACCAAGAGCAUCGGAAGGCGGCAACCCGAAGCAAAACCGACUCUACGGGUGCAUCCAGAGUUGCGACAAGGGACCGUGGCAAGUCUGAUGAUGGGAGCGCAGCUCAAGCUCUACGGGAAGCAGCUGUCAAGCGCGACUUCUUCGGUCGGGUCAUUGAGCAGCCUGCGCCGCAGCCAAGGGAUCCAGAUGACCCAGACACCUGGGCGGAUGAAUCGUCCAAGGCUGGACGUAAAGUCUGGGUCACUUUCCAUGAGGGAUUCUCAAAUGCUGUUCGGAAGCCAAUCUCCAUGGGAGAGUUGAUGGCUGGGUUGUAA